UUAAAUUGUUUUCAAUCGAAACCUACAUCAUUUGUAACAAUGAAAGUGGAAUUUGUGAUUGUUUUAAUAUGUUUGUCUCUGAAAGUUUAUGCGCUGUCUGAUUUGGAUAGACAGCUAUUCAAUGCAAUUAGAGAAGAUAAAAUAGUUUUGGCCAAGAAGUUGAUUGAAAUAGAGGCUAAUGUUAGUGCAGAAGAUAAGGAUAAACAAACGCCGCUCCAUCUAGCUUCGGACAAAGGUUGGAUGGAUGUGGCCGAACUUCUUAUCAAUCGUGGAGCUAAUGUUAACUCAGAAGAUAAAAAUAAAGAGACGCCGCUUCAUGUAGCUGUAGGAAAUGGUAUGAAGGAUACGGUUGAACUUCUCAUCAAGUAUGGGGCUAAUAUUAAUGCAGAAGACAAAGAUAAACAAACGCCACUACACGAAGCUGUAAGAAAAGAUCGGAUCGAUUUGGUAAAACUUUUUAUCAAUCAUGGGGCUAAUAUUAAUGCAGAAGAUAACGAUAAACGGACGCCGCUACAUGAAGCUGCACAAAAUUAUGGGAUUAAAAUGACCACAUUUCUUAUCAGUCAUGGGGCUAAUAUAAGUGCGGAAGAUAAAGAUAAAAAAACGCCGCUCCAUGAAUGUGCUGCUUCAAUAUUUGGUCGGAAGAAUUCGACUGAACUUCUCAUCAAUCGUGGUGCUAAUAUGAAUGCAGAAGAUAAAGAUAAACAAACGCCGCUACAUGUAGCUGCAAAAUGGGAUCGAAAGAAAAUGGCUGAACUUCUAAUUAAUUGGACAGAAAAUGAAGAUAAACUCAAUAAUGAGACUAAUAUUAAUGCAGAACAAUUGGCGCUUUUUGUAGCUGUAGAAAAUGCUCACAAGGAAAUGGUAAAACUUCUCAUCAGUCGUGGGGCUAAUAUUAAUGCAGAAGAUAAAGAUAAACAAACGCCACUACAUGUAGCUGCAAGAAUGGGUAAUAAGAAGGUGGCUGAACUUCUCAUCAGUCAUGGGGCUAAUAUUAAUGCAGAAGAUAAAGAUAAAGAGACGCCUAUAUCAAAAGCUACAAAAAACGGUCAGAAGGAAAUGGCUGAACUUCUCAUCAAUCAUGGGGCUAAUAUUAUUAAUGCAAUUGAUAAAGAUGAACAAACGCCGCUCCAUGUAGAUGCACAAAGUGGUUGGAAGAGUGUUGUUGAAUUUCUCAUCAAUCUAGUGGUUAAUAUUAAUACGGAGCAUCAAGAUAAGAGAACGCCGCAUGUAGCUGCGAAAUAUGUUUGUGGAAAACGUAUGUAUCCACAGCCAAGGAUUGUCGGUGGUUCGGAAGCACCAUUUGGAAAGUGGCCAUGGCAAAUAUCAUUGUGUCAUUGGAAAUAUGCAAAUAUCUAUGAACAUAAAUGCGGUGCAACAUUACUCAACGAGAAUUGGGCCAUUACCGCUGCUCAUUGUGUUAAUAAUGUACCACCGUCCAAUUUGUUAUUGCGAUUGGGUGAAAACGAUUUGGAUGUGGAAGAUGAACCAUAUUUGUAUCAAGAGCGUCGUAUUCGAAUUGUUGUAUCCCAUCCACAAUUUGAUCGGCGCACAUACGAAUACGAUUUGGCAUUAUUACGUUUCUAUGAACCGGUCGUUUUUCAACCUAACAUCAUUCCAGUUUGUCUACCCGAUUCCGAUGAAAACUUCAUUGGACGAACGGCAUUUGUAACGGGUUGGGGAAAAUUAAAAGAUGAUGGACCUUUGCCGAGCGUUUUACAAGAAGUCUCUGUACCUGUCAUCAAUAACACAUUAUGCGAAGAAAUGUAUCGAAUUGCUGGCCACAAUGAGUAUAUUCCACACAUAUUCAUUUGUGCCGGUUUUCAAAAAGGUGGCCAUGAUGCCUGUGAUGGGGACUCUGGAGGUCCGCUUGUAAUUCAACGGAACGACAAACGUUUUCUGUUGGCUGGAGUCAUUAGUUGAGGACACAUUUGUGCUGCACCCAAUCAACCCGGCGCUUAUACAAGAAUAUCCGAGUUCCGUGAAUGGAUUAAUCAAUUGACUCAGGAGGACACCUAACCUCAAUAUGUUCCUGCUGCUGCUGCUGCACAGCAGAACAAUAAAACCACGCAAUCGCAUUCGUAAA